CUCAGCUUUUGAUUCUUGUCAGUCCGGUGAUGUAAUGAAGUAAAAGAGGAGUAAAGAUGGCGGAGAACAGCGGCACAGAUCCUGCCGUGAAUACGAACACCGAGGAAAAUGCUUCCACCAGCGGGACCAUUAUCAUGGUCACCGUCAAAACUCCGAAGGAUAAAGAGGAAAUAGCUAUAUCUGAAGAUUCGUCUGUUGCGCAGUUUAAGGAAGAAAUAUCAAAGAGAUUUAAGGCAAAACAGGACCAGUUGGUAUUAAUUUUUGCCGGAAAAAUCCUGAAAGACGGUGACACGCUGAACCAACACGGCAUCAAAGAUGGACUCACUGUCCAUCUCGUCAUCAAAACCGCACAAAAGGCCUCUGGAGGUGGCAGUUCACAAGCAUCCGUGUCUUCCACCCCUGGCACACCACCUGUGAAUAGAAGUGGCACUGGCACUGGCACUGCCAAUCCCAGUCCAGCAUCACCUGGGGGCACAGCACAGGGCACAGGGCCAACCCCUGCCCCUGCUCAGCCUGCCAACCUACUGUCCGGGUUUGGGGACCUGUCCAAUCUGGCUGGGAUGGGCAUGGGCUCGUCCAACUUCAUGGAGCUUCAACAGCAGAUGCAGAGGCAGCUGAUGUCCAACCCAGAGAUGUUGUCGCAGAUCAUGGAGAACCCGCUGGUGCAGAACAUGAUGUCCAACCCAGAUCUGAUGCGGCAGAUGAUCGUGGCCAACCCACAGAUGCAGCAGCUGAUGGAGCGCAACCCGGAAAUCUCGCACAUGCUCAACAAUCCUGAGCUCAUGAGACAGACUAUGGAGUUGGCAAGGAAUCCAGCCAUGAUGCAAGAGAUGAUGCGUAACCAGGACCGGGCACUUAGCAACCUGGAGAGCAUCCCAGGUGGAUACAAUGCCCUAAGGAGGAUGUAUACAGACAUUCAGGAACCCAUGUUCAGCGCUGCAAGAGAGCAGUUUGGAAACAACCCCUUCUCUGCCUUGGGAGGAAAUGGAGAGAACUCUGGGGUUCAGCCAUCCAGGACAGAAAACAGAGAACCCUUGCCAAACCCAUGGGGCCCCCCCAACUCCGGCUCCGCUGAGAACAGGCCCCCGGGCACCACCACCAGCUCCUCGACCAGCGGAACCACCCCCAGCGUCUCUAACCCCCUGGGCAUUGAUGCAUCCAGCCUUGGAAACGGCAUGUUCAACAGUCCUGGUAUGCAGAGCCUGAUGCAGCAGAUCUCAGAGAACCCUCAGCUGAUGCAGAACAUGCUCUCUGCUCCAUACAUGCGCAGUAUGAUGCAGUCUUUGGCACAGAACCCAGACGUUGCCUCGCAGGUUCUGAUGAACAACCCCCUCUUUGCUGGCAACCCACAGCUACAGGAGCAACUCAGACACCAGCUGCCCGUAUUUCUUCAGCAGAUGCAGAACCCAGAGGCUCUGGGUGUGAUGACGAACCCACGGGCCAUGCAGGCCCUCAUGCAGAUUCAACAGGGCUUGCAGACCCUUCAGACUGAGUGCCCUGGACUCAUGCCAAGUCUCGUCCCUGGUGGUCUGCCUGGUGGUCUGCCUGGUGGUCUGCCUGGCGGUAUCCCAGCUGGUAUGCCGGCUGGUAUGCCGGGUGGUAUGCCGGGUGGUAUGCCGGGUGGUAUGCCAGGUGCCCCUGGUCCUGCAGCGAGCAGCGUGCCCCCAGAGAACCCCCCUCCUCCCUCGGGCCUGGGGUCCACCCCCACCUCGGCUGCUGGUGCCAGCCCCACCCAGCAGCAGCUCAUGCAGCAGAUGCUACAGAUGUUUGCUGGAGGAAGCGCUGGAUCACCCCAGACUCCAGAGGUGCGGUUUCAGGGGCAGCUGGAUCAGCUGACCGCCAUGGGAUUCAUCAACCGCGAGGCCAAUCUGCAGGCCCUGAUUGCCACGGGGGGAGACAUCAACGCCGCCAUCGAAAGACUACUGGGCUCCCAGCCCUCCUAACUCCUCCUCGGCCGUCUGAGCUCCGGGAGGCAGGGGGUGCUGUGGGAAGGGAUGGAGGGGCGAUCAUAACAAAAUGAACACAAUCCUUCACCACAUGAAAAAAAGAAAAGCAAACUAAAUCUACAACAACAGCAACCCCCUGAAUAGACUGAAUUCCAAUUACAUCUCAUCAUCUUUCUGUUUUCCUUUUUCUUUCUUUUCUUAUUUUUCCCCUCCUUUCUCUCUCCCUUCCGAUUGAUCUGUGAAAAUCAUAGGAAUUGGGGUUUUUCAAAACGUAAAUUAACUGGUCAAACCGACGGCGUAAUCAGUAUGAAAUGACGUCAAACUAACAUCUUUCCCCUCUACUCACUGACAGCUGAGUACCUUAACAAGAUGAUACAAACGGCUGAACUUUUGACCCCUGUGCCCCCCCCCCCACCCCCACCCCCCUUGUAGCCAACCAUUCCUGUUUGGAUUGAGACAGACGUACAUGCGUAACAUACUCUGUCAAGGCAGUACUUGUGGUAGGAGGCGUUUAGGGGAAAAUAAGCCUUUUUAAUUCUUAGAACAAAGACGCCCCUGUGUUUCAUAAGAAUGCUCACAUCAUCUUAAUUCUCUCAGUCUCUCCUUGAUCAUGCUGGAUUAAGAUCAGUAUUUAUUGCAAGAGCUGUAGACGUUUCCCCUUCACCCGCCUCCCGCCUCCCCCUUCCUCCCUCCCUUCCUGUGACACCCAGUCUCAUUUCACACUGCUUUGAGAAUUCCUUGACAUUUGACGUGUUAAUUGAAAUCUAAUAUUGAUGAGGAUGUUGGAAUCCCUGUUUGAGCACCAUAACACCCUGACUCAGAUGAUUGCUUACACUUCAGCUUCUUUAGAGAGGAAUGGAUUUUGGAAUGGGAAGAAAAGAAAUAAUUACUUGGGGGGGGGGGGGAAAGCAUUGUCGUCAUCUUUAGUCAUUGCUUACUGACAGGUGUACAUGAACCGAUGGUUGAGGCUUCUCCGUAUGGUUAAGAAUGUAACAAGGUAUCAAUAAAUAUUUCUAAGCUGAAGAGCCAUGUUAAGAAGCUUACAACUUUUAUUUUGUCCAUACUCCUAUGCUUUGACAUAGAAGAGAUUGCUGCUGUGCUUGGGGGGGGGGAAAAAGAGAAAAAAAACUUGUACAUUUGAUGCAGCGUCAUACAUUGGAUCUGGCAGUAACGGAAUAGCAUGAUAGCUAUGAUGCUUUAUUUUCAACCUGUUCACCAACUAUAUGGCUAGCCUACAGCAGUCUAAUGCAACUAACAGUUGAAUUUUGAUGUGAAUUAAAGUGUCUUCAACUUUG